AUGGAGGAGCUUUAUUCAAUUCCUGAGGAUUACUACGAUGAUGCAUCCACAGUCACCCUUGACUACAGCUCCAGCACUGGAGUGCCUGAAAUUUGCGAGAGCAGCAACUCUCAGGAGCUCCACAUCAAGAUAUUCCAGACAUGCAUCUUCAUCGUGGUCCUCCUUUUGGGGGUGCUCGGGAACUCCCUGGUGAUUGCAACCUUUGUCCUCUACCGGCGUCUGCGUCUGCGCUGCAUGACAGACGUGUUCCUUCUCCACCUGGCAGGGUCGGACCUGCUGCUGUUGCUCACAAUACCCCUGCAGGCAGCUGACUUACUUCUGGGCAGUUGGGAGUUCGGCACGGUCCUCUGCAAAGCCACGCGUGCCCUGUACGCCAUCAACACGUAUAGUGGGCUUCUCCUGCUGGCAUGCAUCAGCGCCGACCGCUACAUUGUGAUUGUCCAGGCACACGCCGCCCACAGGAUGCGCAGGCGGACACUGCUCUACAGCAAGGUAGCUGCACUGUGCGUGUGGGUCGUCGCUCUGCUCCUCAGCCUACCUGAGAUAAUUUUCACCAAUGUGGAUAAGAGGGAAACUGGAGGUUUGAAGCAGUGUGAGAUGUACGUGUGGGUCAAGGAGAGCUGGCGGGUCAAGAUGGCCACCCGGGGGGCUCAGAUCACAGGCUUCUGCCUGCCUUUCCUGGUCAUGCUGGUCUGCUACUCCUUGAUUGGCCGUGCCCUGAUGCAGGGGCGGAGCUGGAGGCGGCAGCGCACUCUGAGGCUGAUGGUGGCGCUGGUGGUGGUGUUCGUGCUCUUCCAGCUGCCCUACACCGUGGUGCUCUCUGUCAAGGCAGCUGGUCCGCCGGGCACCUGCCACCAGUGGGGCACUCUCCUGCUGGCCGAGUAUAGUACGCGCAGCCUGGCCUACACGCGAUGCUGCCUCAAUCCUCUGCUGUAUGCUCUGGUGGGUGUGCGCUUCCGCAACGAUGUCCUGAAGCUGCUCCAUGACAUGGGCUGCCCAUGCGCAGCCCAUUUGGGCCCACCCGUCGACAGCUGCUCCUCUGGCUCCCCAGCGUCCACGUUUCUCUCCCCAACCCCAUCCAUCACAGCACACUCCGGCCCCAUCAUCCGAUCACCCACUGCCAAAGCUCCCCUUUCCCCCAGCUCCCCAAACUCUUUCCAUUAUGCUGCACCCCCUGCUCUCCUCUCCCACCAACAUAGUGCAUAGUCCACACCCCCCACAAAUGCCUCU